CCGCUAGCUGCGGUUGCCUAGCAGCGGGCCGCUGUAGCCGUUACGCGGCGCGUGGCAUUCGUAGCCCCAGGAGCCAAUCGGAUUGCGGACGGGUAGGUGUGGGAGGAGCCGCGGCGACCGGCCAAUCCGCGGCAGGCGCGGCGCGUUUUAAACGUCUCUCCGGAGGGGAAAAAGCUGCGUGUUUACUUUGCUCGACGAGCGGCGGAAGGACGAUGCCGAGUCGCCCCGAGGACUACGAGGUGCUCCUCACCAUCGGCGCUGGCUCCUACGGCAAGUGCCAGAAGGUGCGGCGGAGAGUGGACGGCAAGGUUUUGGUCUGGAAAGAACUUGACUAUGGAUCUAUGACAGAAUCUGAAAAGCAAAUGCUUGUUUCUGAAGUGAACUUGCUCCGUGAACUAAAACAUCCAAAUAUUGUCCGGUAUUAUGAUCGUAUAAUUGACAGGACAAAUACAACGCUUUAUAUUGUGAUGGAAUACUGUGAAGGUGGAGAUUUGGCAACUCUGAUUGCAAAAUGUACAAAAGAAAGACAUUACCUGGAUGAAAUCUUUGUCCUUCGAGUUCUCACUCAGUUGACCUUGGCCUUGAAAGAGUGUCACAGGCGGAGUGAUGGUGGCCACACUGUUCUUCAUCGGGACCUGAAGCCAGCAAAUAUCUUCCUUGAUGGCAAGAAGAAUGUGAAGCUAGGUGACUUUGGCCUGGCCAGGAUACUUCACCAUGAUACCAGUUUUGCAAAAACCUUUGUUGGAACCCCAUAUUACAUGUCUCCAGAGCAAAUAAAUCGCAUGUCCUACAAUGAGAAAUCAGACAUCUGGUCUCUGGGAUGUUUGCUCUACGAAUUGUGUGCGUUGUCGCCUCCAUUUACAGCCUUUAACCAAAAACAGUUAGCAGAAAAGAUAAGGGAAGGGAAGUUCAGACGAAUCCCAUACCGUUAUUCAGAUCAGCUGAAUGAACUUCUCACAAAAAUGCUAAACCUAAAGGAUUACUGUCGGCCAUCAGUUGAAGAAAUUCUACAGAACUCUUUGAUAGCAGACCUGGUGUCUGAGGAGCAAGGACAAAUCUUGGAGAGAAGAGGGCGACGAUCAGGAGAGCAAGAUAAAAUAGAAAGACUUUCAGGAACUCCAGUGAAUGAGCUGAAACUGAAAGAACAGCAGCUACAAGAGCGGGAGAGAGCCAUAAAAGACAGAGAACACAGACUAGAACAGAGAGAGCGGGAGCUAUGUGUUCGGGAGAGACUAGCAGAAGACAAACUGGCUAGGGCUGAGAACCUGAUGAAGAAUUACAACUUAUUCAAGGACCAGAGACUAUUGCUACCAGCAACUAGCCCAGAUGAUGAAGUGUUGCAAGACUUUCCUACAAGAAAAAAGAAGGUCCAGUUUGGUGAUGAAAGUAAAGAAAAUGUUCAAUCUGGGGACAGCCUGGAGAAUUUUCCCCUCUCAAAAGAAAAGGGCAGUAACUUGAAGAAGCGUCUCUAUGCUGCUAAUCUGCGUGCUCAAGCUCUGUGUGAACUGGAGAAACACUAUCAGCUGAAGAGCCGGCAGCUCCUUGGAAUGCGCUGAGAAUGUGUGCAUAUAUGCUGUGCUGUGUACAGAAUUGUGAUGUUUUUAUAGAGACUUUUAAGUUUGUUUCUUGUGGUGUUUAUGAUGAAAAGCUGGGUAGGUUGAUUUUAGAAAAGCUGCUAAAACAUUAUUUUAAACUAUGCCAAAAUAUAGAACAUGGUAGUACAUGUGUGGCUCUGUCCUAAGACACGUUGCAUUCUUAUGCACUCGGCAGCUUGGAGUGUUGCAUCAAUAGUAGACGGACAUAUCUCCAACAUUAAACAUUCAUGGAGGAGGUGGGUAGUUAAAUAGAUUAAGGUUUUUUAAUGAUUAGGAUGUGAUUUUAACAAAGAGCAUAACACUGUUGAUUAAGGAAGUAAAUCUGCUCUAUCAAAAGAAAGAAUGUUUUAAAAAAUCUGCCUUGCUUUUUUAUUCUGUUAAGCCUCUUCUUGAAUCUCUUAUUUAGGUUCAUGGGACAGUUGAAUGCUUUAUGAGCAUAAUGUUUCACCUAGCACAAUGUCUGUUUUUCCCCCAUUAGCCAUUACAGAAUUUGGAUUAUUGCCAUUAUGGAGUUCUCUGAAAUAAUGAUACAUUGCUUAAUAGAAAAGAACAAAACACGUGCAUAAAAAGAGAUCAGAACUCAAAAGUGUGUUUCAUGUGUUCUUAGCCAAUGUUUGGUUACCAGAUGGAACUGAAUAGAAAUCAAAAUCUGACUGGAGGAAAACUGCAAGCACCGUACAGGUAGUUUGCUAGUGUUAAAGGCUGAUCUCGCAUGGGAGUCUUUAUACAUUAAACAUCAAAUAAGAAAUCAAAUGGGAAGCAAAUUGUUUGUUGUUCAGAUGUGACGGU